UAUAAGUAAUUUUAAAGAUAUAUAAUAGGCAUAUAAAUAAUUUUGACAAAAACGAAGUCAUCGUAAGAAAACUGCUUGAUAAGGAACGUUGGUUGUAUUAUUUAGCCAGAUGUUACAACGCGAUUAUAUGAUUAUAUUCUUAUCAAAAAUAUUUUUACAUGUUACUUACACGUUACUUACACACGUAUCGAUUAACAAUACGAUAUUGGAUCAUGUAGAAUAAAUAUAUAGCAAGAUAAAUAUGUUUUGGAAGAAGAGAGGGAUAACAAAACAUCAAAAAAAGAUACAAGAGAUGGCGAUAGAAAGCAAGAGAAUAAAUACGAAGUCCGUUGCCGUUGGUAGUCAGUCGUCCCGAAAGUGUCAGUCAAUCGACACGUUUCAAAAUUAGAAUAUAUCGGGAUAACAGAAACGUGCCACGAAAUUAUCACUUAUAUAAAAUACUUAUAAAAUACUUGGUGAUUUAACUGUAAGAGCUCAUUCUUUUUUCAAGAUAAUUCAGAAAUAUCAGCACAUCAAUUGCAGCCGACAGCUAAAAAUUGACAUAAAACUUAAGAAUUUUCAACUUUGAAGUAUUUACACUUAAUCAUCAUGCCGCAUUUUGAUUUCAAAGAAAUAAAAGUCGUUGACGAUAGCGUAAAUGACAUAGAUGUUAUUAGGGAUGUAAUUAAAGUUGAAAAUUUGGAAGAUGCCUUUUAUGUCGCAGACAUUGGUGAUGUUGUUAAAAGACAUCAAGAUUGGAUUAGUAAAAUGCCUAAAGUUAUUCCACACUAUGCAAUUAAAUGUAAUUCACAUCCGACUAUAAUUAAAGUCCUGGCGGCUUUGAAUGCUUGUUUUGAUUGCGCAUCUAAGCAAGAAAUAGCGCAAGUAAUGCAGUAUGGCGUGCAAGGCGAGCGGAUCAUUUUCGCACAUCCAAAUAAAUUGCCGUCUCAUAUCAAAUAUUCUAGGAAUGGGCGUCAACAGAUGACGGUCGACAGCGAGCUCGAAUUGAACGAAAUGCACAGGAUCGUGAUACGUAUUCGUUGCGACGCGAAAAACUCACCGGUCUCCUUGGGAGAGAAAUUCGGCUGCGAACCGUGCGAGGAAGCUGUAGGUUUGAUACAGUGCACGAGAGAUCUCGGCUUGAACUUACAUGGCUUCAGCUUUCACGUCGGUACCCCGUGCUUGGAGAUGGACGCCUAUCGCAGAGGGAUCGAAAUAUGCAAGCGGUUAAUCGCAGUUGCCAGGUCGGUCGGCUGCAACGAUGUGGAGCUGAUCGACAUCGGCGGUGGAUUCUCGAGCGUCUGUGGAGAGGAGCUCGACGAACUAGCCGAACUCAUUAACGGGGCGAUCAAGAAUUUAGAUCCUAAUAUAAGAGUCAUCAGCGAGCCCGGACGGUACUAUGUAGGUUCGAACUUUACCUUAGCCUCGUACUUGCAUUCCAAGAGGCUCGCCAUUGGCAACGAUGGCGGGGAGAGGAGAAUGUAUUAUAUGAAUUGCGGCGUGUACAACUCAUUCUUGGAUGAAUUGCUGGGCCUACAAGCUAGAAUUCCAGAAACUGUUUUUGAACCAGCUAGUGAUGAAAAAUUUCUUUCAAAUAUAUGGGGGCCGACUGCCGACUCGUAUGAUUUAAUACUUAAAGAUGUGUCACUGCCUGAACUUUAUAUAGGCGACUGGUUAAUUUGGAAAAAUAUGGGCGCUUAUACAUUAGCUCUUUCCAAUACAUUCAAUGGAUUCCCGAUUCCAACUGUGAGAUCAUUUAUUAAGAAAAGCCAGUGGGAAAGUUUUCUGGCACAAAUUCAUUAGAAGAGCAUUUUAUUUAAAAAAAUAACAUAUUGUUGAAGAAAUUAGAUAAUUAUAUGAUAAAUAU